AAGCUGCCGAGCGCUCUAAGUGAAUCGCCGCAGCAGCGGUGCGGGCCUGAAGGAUGUUGCUUGGCCCCUUUAACGCGCUGAACGAGGCUGAUGCGCGUGCCCUCGCAGGACAACACCGAGUACAACAUCGUUGUUAUCGGCAAGACCAACUACUUCCUGUACACCCCGCUGCUGCCGCAGGUGACCGUCGGCACGAUCUCGCCGCGCUCCAUUGCGCAGCCCACGCGGCACAACACGCGCUACAAGACGCGCGAGGUGCAGGUGCUCGAGGCCGAGGCCACCAAGAUCAACGCCGCCGACAAGACGGUCGAGUUCGAGGAUGUCAGCAACAUCUACGGCCUCAACAACGGCUCGGUGACGACGAUUCCGUACGACUACCUCGUCGUGGCUGUGGGCAGCCAGAACCAGACGUUCGGCAUGAAGGGCGUCGACAAGAACGCCUUCUUCCUCAAGGAGCUGGCUGACGCGACCAAGAUUCGCUCGCGCAUCAUGGACCUCAUCGAGAAGGCUUCGCUCGUGGGCCAGAGCGAGGAGGAGAUCGACCGGCUGCUGCACCUGGUCGUUGUCGGUGGUGGACCCACGGGUGUCGAGUUUGCCGGAGAGUGCCACGACUUUAUCCAGCACGACCUGUCGAAGUGGUACCCGCAAGUCGCCAACCGCGUGCGCGUGACGCUCGUCGAGGCGCUGCCCACCAUCCUGCCCAUGUUCUCCAAGAACCUCGUCGAGUACACGGAGAACACGUUCAAGUCGAACAAGAUCACCAUCAUGUCGAAGCACCAGGUGUGCGACCUCGACGAGGAGAAGGUGACGAUGAAGAAUCCGUCGGGCGAGAAGAUCGAGGUGCCGUGCGGCAUGCUCGUCUGGGCCGCCGGCAACACGAGCCGGCCGAUCAGCCGCGACCUGCAGUCGCAGCUCAAGGACAAGCAGACGGACCGCCGCGGCCUCAAGGUCGACGACCACCUGCGCCUGCUCGGCGCCGAGGACAGCAUCUUUGCCAUCGGCGACGCGACGGCCACUGCAUGGGCACCCACGGCGCAGGCCGCCAGCCAGCAGGGCAAGUACCUUGCCAAGAUCUUCGAGCAGCUCGCAAACGCCGACAAGCUCGACCUGCAGGCCAUCGAGGCCAAGAAGAACGGCGCAGACGCCUCCGAGGUGGCGCGCCUCGAGCGCCGCGCCGCCCGUGCGGCCCGCAUCAAGCCGUUCGAGUUUGUCAACAACGGCGUGAUGGCGUCCAUCGGCAACGACCGCGCCAUCGCCGACGUGCCGAUCGGCGGCGCCACCGUCUCGGCCAAGGGCACGGCGACGUACCUGCUGUGGCGCUCGGCCUACCUGUCCAUGCUCUUCUCGCUGCGCAACCGCACUCAGGUUGCGCUCAAUUGGGUCCAGGUGUGGACGUACGGCCGCGACCUGUCGCGCGAGUAAGGCAGACGGCCACGAUAGCGCCUCGAUGGCCGCAUCACACGAGCGCGGCACGUCUGGGAGAUCUCUAAUAGCGCCGCCUCCGGUGCACCCCACUCUGCCUCGUCCUCGGCGACGGGCUCCUUCUGUCACGCAGCGCUCGAUAACCAUAGACUGUUUCCUUCCUCCGCGCGUGAUGAGGCCGCGCAUGCGCCGUUGCCGGCGGGCUGGCCCGACGCGCGUGCGCGAUGUGGCGCUUCUAUUUCAUCGCCCGAAGGCUCUAGGCGAGGCCGCCGGCGUGCAGCCACUUGUUCGUCAUGACGAGCGC